UUAACCACUUCCCAUCCGGCUCAUGUACAUAAACGGCCGGAUGGGAGCAGUGCAGGGGAGGGUUGCCGUUUAUAAACGGUGCCUGCAUUCACAGUCUGUGCGCACUACCUGGGAGCAUGCGACACUGAUCGCUGUACGGGACCUCUGUGUUAGGUCCAGAUCAUGUGAUCACUGUUCUGACCUCAUUGCUUACUACGUGUGAAAUCUGUGAAUGAUCACAGAGAUCACAUGGUACAGGGCUAUUCACAACAGCCUUGUACCAUGUGACAAGCUGUGACCAAUCACAGCUCUCACA